AUGAUCACUACCAUUGUCAUCAUACUUCUGGUAAACUUAUUACCAUCGACUUUUUGUCAAAAUAUAACAGAAACUUUUAAACCAAUGACAAAGCACCAAGAUAUCUAUCAAAGUACUCAAAAUAUUUACGUAGUGCCCCCAAAAACCUCCAUCCUGUCCACCACUGAAAGUUCCCCAGUGCAAAACACGACCAGAACAAAAAUCCAGGAUUAUUAUUGCAACUUGUGUUGCAUUUCAUUGAACACUGAUCCAAUUGGGAAAACUUGUGGGGAUCAUACAAUGUGCAAAUAUCCGUACGAGAGGCCAGGACCUGCCUGUCACGGUCACAUAUCGAUUCGUUUCUCGGCUGGCGAGCGUGCUGCCAUACUGCGGGUGCACAACGAACUGCGGAGUCGCGUCGCUUCUGGUUUGGAAAAAAGGGGACGGCCAGGGCCGCAGCCUCAGGCAUCUAAUAUGAGAUUUAUGGUCUGGAACGAAGAGUUGGAACAGUUUGCUGAACGUUGGGCGUCGCAGUGCAUUUAUUCGAACGACCUCUGUAGAGAUUCCGAGCGUUUUCCCGUCGGCCAGAACAUCGCACGCGGCAGCUUCGCCCGAAUGAGCGACGCCGCCUACAUUCGUUCCUGGUACGACGAGGUAGACCUGCACGAUCCGUCUGGUGUCGACUCUUACAAACUUUUCAGUUCGUCCAGCCAUUAUACCCAAAUCGUUUGGGCCGAGACUUAUCAAUUGGGCUGUGCAAGGGCCAUGUUUCAGAUUAUAAAGGACGGCGAUUUGAUUUACAGGCAACACUUGGUGUGCAACUACGGACCAGCAGGCAACGUGCCAGGACAUGCUGUUUACGAAAAGGGCCCACCUUGUUCUAAUUGUCCCUUCGGUACCGAAUGCCAGGUGGAACCCCCAGGACUAUGCCAACAAGCUGAUGGAAGGAUGGUGCACUCUUUGCAGUUUAACAAAGACCGAAGAAAAUCUUUAAAAAAUCCAAGAAAAACUGAAGAUGAAGAUGAUGUAAUGUUUUCUUCGGCCGGUGAAAUUGAUUCAAGAAUUUUGAUGAGUUUGUUGGCGUGGGUUGUUGUUUUUUGGCAGAUGGCUUUUGCCAACCUUGGCCAUCAAUGA